GUUGACCACUGCUGAACAACCAGCUGUGUAUCGUGCGUUCCGUUUUCUCACUGAUCAACUACGAUUCGACUGGUAUUUCUGGAAACUGGAAUAACUAGAUUAUCGCCAAAACUUUUGCAAUGGUUGAUACCGUGUUAAAUAACGAAGGAAUCGCUUUACACAACAAGCUGCGAGAGAGGCACGGAUGUGGACCAUUGUCGUACGAUUCCUCAUUGGCUCGCUCGGCACAACUGUGGGCUGAGGAAUUGGCCACGACCAAGUGUAUGCGGCACAGCGACAUGGCAACGUACGGAGAAAAUCUCGCCUACAGAUGCAUCGAAGGCCGAGGACCAUUCGGAGCCGACGAGGCAACCAAAUCAUGGUACGAUCAGAGUAGUAUGUAUGAUUUUGGAGAAGGAUUCACCUACGAGACAAGUUACUUUUCCCAGCUUGUUUGGAAGGAUUCAAAACUAGUUGGAUUUGGUCGAGCCACAUCCAGCGACGGGACAGCCUCCUACAUCGUGGCUCACUAUUCCCCCAAAGGCAAUAUUCGUGAUCGAUUCCAUGAAAAUGUUCCUUAUGCCUCUCGGCGACUUACGCACUCCAGCCUACAGGAACUGCGACCUCCCGAGAUAAGCAGCCGUCCAGUAUCAACUUUGUCUAGCAAAGAAUUGAAGGAGAGGGAAAAACAAGAGAAAAAGUUGAGGGAAAGGCAGGAAAAAGAGCGCAAAGAAUUAGAAAAGCGCAUGAAAAAGGAGCAAAAACAACGUGAGAAAUUGGAGAAAAAGGAAAAACGGAAAUCAAAAGCAUGAGUUGAGCAACAAAGGUGCGGUGCAUUUUUUUUCUGGCUGACUGCUUGCAUCACAAAAACACUCUCUAAUUAUUGAAUGUGCGCACAAAAAUUAUUCACAUCUGUUUAUGUUUCACGUUCGGGUACUUGAUGAUGUUAAUAUGCCGACGGCGUUAAAUGGCAACCAACAGUAUAGUUAUGUAAAAGAAAAUAGUACACUUUUCACAUUUUAGGUUAAAAAAUAAAACUGUUU